CGCUUUGGUGGACUGGUCGUGGUGUACCUGGCUACUACCUGGCUACCUACCUCCUAGAACCUUACUAGGUAGGACGUUUAGGUGGAAAAAAAGUGUGUUUAUGUACAUUCAUAGUGCCGUACUAUGCGUAGUGCCUGCCUUAUCCUACCUAUUAUCCAGGCCUAUCCAUCUACCAGGACCUACCAGGAUACAUACCUUGCUGGUGCUACCGCCUACCGCUGUCAAUUGCAGCAACCUUCUAACCUACUACCUUCCUAACCUCUUUCCUCCUUCUUACAUUCUCCAUCUCCAAUCUCCCUCCAUCUUCUUCCAUCAUCCAAACCUCCAAAGGGAGAUACCUGACGAACGCUUGCGAGAAUUCAUUCAUCAAGCCUUUUGAACUCUGUUCUUUUCUUGCAUAUUCUCUGAAUACCCCGACCAAAUCUCGCCUUUUUUUCUCUGCCCCUAAUCUAGCAAUCCUUCAACCAUGGCUGAGAUCCGCCGAAAGCUGGUCAUCGUCGGUGACGGUGCCUGUGGUAAAACUUGCUUGUUGAUCGUCUUCUCCAAGGGCACUUUCCCCGAGGUCUAUGUCCCUACCGUUUUUGAGAACUAUGUCGCCGAUGUCGAGGUUGAUGGCAAGCACGUCGAAUUAGCCUUAUGGGAUACGGCUGGUCAGGAAGACUACGAUCGUCUCCGACCUUUGUCUUACCCCGAUUCACACGUUAUCCUAAUCUGCUUCGCUGUCGACUCCCCCGAUUCUUUGGACAACGUUCAGGAGAAGUGGAUUUCCGAGGUUCUUCACUUCUGCCAAGGUCUACCUAUCAUUCUCGUCGGCUGCAAGAAGGAUCUGCGCUACGACGCUAAGACGAUCGAGGAACUACGUAAGACCAGCCAGAAGCCCGUCUCUCCUGAAGAGGGUGAGGACAUCCGUAAGAAGAUUGGCGCCUACAAGUACCUUGAGUGUUCGGCCAAGACGAACGAGGGUGUCCGAGAGGUUUUCGAACAUGCCACUCGCGCUGCCCUGCUGUCCCGUAAAGGACAGAAGAAGCACUCUAAGUGCUUAGUCCUUUAAACAAUAUACACGGCUUUUAUGAUACCUUCGACAUACCGUCGUAAUCCAUCGUCGUCCUUCUAGGUUCAUUACACGGACGAGAUACGCAGAUGACAAAGGGUUUUGGACGGACUGGAGGGGUUGGACCGCCUACGCGUCAUAGUCACGGCUGGAGUUUGAUUCGUCUGCUCGCG